UUAUCUCUUGAUUUUGUAUUUAUUUAAUUUGUUAUUUGUGUUGUGGGUGAUUACGGAUGAAUGGGUUUGAAUUCAGUUUCAGUAUCAUCUUGAAGAUUCCAAUUUUCUACUCCCUUCCAACAACAGGAUAUUGUGGCAUGAGGGUGAUGUGGUUGGUGAUUUAUACAGGUUUUGGGGUUAGAAUUACAGGAUUUAUGGUGAACCUAAUGGAGUCAAGGACGAUGCCUGCAAAACCUCAAGAUGAAGAUCGCCGUAGAGAAGCUGAAGAACAAAAUAUUUCUCCGUCAGCAGUCUAUUCACAACCUUGGUGGCAUGGGAUUGGAAAUGGUGUGAUGUCUUCUUUUGGUGAAACAAAUGGGGUUAUUAAGGUCGGAGCUCAAUUACAAACCACUAGUGAUGCUGUUGCUGAAGAUACUGAUGCAUCCACAGUCCCACAGUCUGGACUGAAUAUGAAUAAUGGCCAAGAGCAACAAGUCAAACAAGUUGAAACAAGUUCACCAAUGGAGCUUGUGGGCCACUCAAUUGUCUUAACAUCUUAUCCAUAUCAGGAUACACAUUUUACUGGAAUGAUGACUUAUGGAACGCAGGCACAUCCACGCUUACUCGGAAUCCAUCAAACUAGAAUGCCAUUGCCCCUUCAAACGGAAGAGGACCCUGUUUAUGUGAAUGCGAAACAAUAUCAUGGGAUUCUGAGGCGAAGACAGUCAAGAGCUAAAGCAGAACUGAAAAAGAAAGUGAUUAAAUCCAGAAAGCCGUAUCUUCAUGAAUCACGACACCAACACGCAAUGAAAAGAGCUCGGGGUUGUGGGGGCCGCUUCCUCAAUACGAAAAAGCUCGGUAGCGAUUCAACCGCAAAUUCCACAGCACAAAAGGAGCCAAAAUCGAUGUCAACGCAAUCAUUCAACUCGGAUCAUCUAUCAACAGAUUAUGCCGGAAAUUCGUCCAUCUUUGAGGAUGUGCUCAAAAGAAACACUUCCUCAAAUGGCAACAACAAUGAUCACCACAGUUUGUCAUCAACAUACAACUUCCAUUUGAUGGGCAGGGAAGAGGGAGUGCAUUACUUCAAAAGGGAGAAGGGCAAUAUGGUAAAUCAAGUCCCAAAAAGGGAUCCAUAUUACAAAUGAGAAAAGGGAAGAGAGAGAGAGAGAGACUGUUUUCCCCAUAUGUUCUCAGGCAAUUCAUUCUUGGCUUUGGUUACUUGUGUUCUUCUUCUGGGGUAGAGAUAUUGGAAGGCUGGAAUGGUUAAUAACCUAUCUGAUCUCAUAACCCUCUUUAUGCAAUGUAGAGUUGUACCAUCUUAGUAAAAAAGUUGUACAUUUUUGGGAUCUGGAAAAGAUGACCUCACACUUGGAAGGUGUGAUAUUGUGUUGUUAUCAGGCAGGAUUUACCUUAUGUUUGGAACUGCUGCUCUUCGUCUCCUUUCGGCCAAAUUCUGUUAAUUUGGAUGACACUUUGUAUUGAUUUUCGACUCGCUUCAAUAUUCCACAAAUCUUUAGAA